UGAGGUACCGCGCGUGUAAGUGGGUGGGGGGCGUCAGUAAUAAAAGGACCGACGGGAGGCCAACAUGAGAGAACGUCAACAUGAUCAACUUGUUCGCGUUCCUGGUGGAGAAGCUCUCCCUCCUUUGCAACCUCAAAGUCUUCUUCGAGUCCGCGUCCGCGCAGGGCCACGAGAGACCCACGCAGCGCGGACACCCCCUGCGCAGGGGGGACCUUCUGGAAGUGCCCAGGACUCUCUUCACGCACUUCGGCAUCUACCUGGGCGACAACAAGGUGGCGCACCUCAUCCCGGAUAUCCUCCCCGCGCUCACCGACGACCGCCGGCUGAUCGGUUCGGUGGUGACCAACAAGAGGCUGAUCGUGGGCUGCGUGUACAAGUGCGCCACGGUGCGAGUGGACGCGCUGGAGGACUUCGCCUACGGUUCCCGCAUCCUGGUCAACCACAUGGAUGCCGGCGCCGGAGCCAAGGCGCUGCCCGGGGAGGAGGUGGCUCGCCGGGCGGAGGAGCUGGUGGGGGGUGUACCCUACAGCCUGCUGUGGAACAACUGUGAGCACUUCGCCACGCACUGCAGAUAUGGACGCGCUGCCAGCAGGCAGACCGAGCAGUUCUGCGAGUGCCUGAAAUCCGCCAUCAGAGACCAGCGCAGCGUCUUGGUCUCUGGAACGCUGGGCAUCAUCUCCAUGCUCUUUUUCGGCAUCGCUCCUUCCACGACGUUACCCACCAUCCUUAUUCCCUUCACUCUGUGGAUGGCUGGAUGAUUGGCUAUAGUUGGCUCUACUUUGGCAUCUAAUGCAUCCUGAUGAUGUUUGUUGCUAUAGCGACAAGAACUGGCUGAUUUCUACAGCAUUAUAGUGGACUCUGUUUUCAGCUGUGUACGAUAUUGUGAUGUAAAUAAUAAAAGGUUAUUUUUA